AGCACAUACACCCACACCGUGUAUGAAGAGGGAAGCAGCACUUGAAUAGGGGAGGCAGGCGCAAAAAAAGAAAGGUGGGACAACUUGGAGAAAUAGGACUCACUACCAUCACCCUUCUUGGCCUCCUGUUUCUGUUUCCAUGCAUUCUUGGCCUGAGCAAUUAGGUGUUCUCUGUGGUGGAUAGCAUGGUGCUCCCUAUCGUGGGAAGCUGCUUUUGUGGUUCCGCUUCAUGGGCAAUCUUCUCCCCGCCUGUUAUUAGCGCUUAUUGCCAUUGUACCAAUUGCCAACGACUGACAGCAUGCCCAUUCGUGCACACCAUGCAUGUUCAAGCCGUCGAUUUUACAUGGAAGCACGCCGAACCUCACGCCGACAAGCUAGACACUUACACCAACUACUUGAAACCCCAUAAAACGCGUUUCCGCUGCAAGAAGUGCGGUGCAUGCCUCGCCUCCACGAACACACUUACGCAGCGCAUUAGUAUAUGGGGCGCCUUGCUAGAGCGAGAUGAGAACGGAAAUGUAUUGCACUGGGACAUUGCAAAACCGACUAGUCAUAUCUUCUACGACACUCGUAUGUUAGAUGUUAAGGACGAAUUACCUAAGUGGGAAGGAUAUGAGAACAAUUCUACAAGGAUGUAAAUGUAUGCACUGGCUGCACUGGCUGUACUCAACGGAAUGGUAGGCUCAUGUUUGGAGAGAGUCCUAUUAGACAAUAAAUCCAAAGGCCAGCUCCGUACGUGAGUCAAGCAGCCGUACUAUAGCCACUGUUUGUUGCCAUGGUGUGACAUAAAUAGGCCACUAUCCUCGAGAGUGACCUUAUUCAAGACAUCCAACACCAUCUGUACGGAUUGCGUAGAACUAAUAGGCCCUGUCCAGUCAGGGUAGAGCCUGCCAAUAGAUGACUGGAACUCCUUCGCCAUUUCUGC